AGAGUACACAGCAAUGCUUAUUUGAUACAUCGAUAUCCACGAAGAGAAAAGUGAUAAUGGCGUUGUUUGUAUACUUUUUUAUUACAGCUGUGUUGCUACUUACCCACUACUUCCUAUCCUCUACCGCCCUCAUCCAAAAAUCUAGCCAGAAAAAGACACCACCAUGGCUCUCGUACAGACUCCCCUUUAUCGGACAUGCACUACAUUUCCUCACAGAUCCGUAUGCUUUGCUGGUAGGAAUCACGUAUGCGCUCACUCCCUACACUUCCCUCACAUCAAGUCACGCUCAUAUCGAACUAACACAAUCAGCCACCCAGUCCGCCUCCACCUCCCCGGCACAAACCCAAUUUUAAUCCAAGGCACCCCCAACAUCCGGCGCUUGCUAAAAUCCAGUUCGCACACGAAUCCCUCCCACGCUCAGACUUUCAUUGCAAGCCAACUCUUCGGCAUGCCUAAGCGCGCUGCGCAACUCUUUCAGCAGGAUGACUCGGGGUAUGCCGCUACUCCCUUGCCAAACUCGCGUGUAGAGGGAAAGAAUAGGAUUUGCUAUAGAGAUAGGAAGAUUCUGCUGGAUAUGCUGCAAGGGAGUGAAGUAGCAGGUGUAAUUGAGCGAUUCAGGGAUGCGUUUGAAAAGAGGAUGAUGCGGAUAUGGGAGGACAUGAAGGACGAGGAAGAGUGGGUUGAAGAAGAGGAUUUCUGGGCGUUUCUUACGAGGGAGGUUACGCCUGCUGCGAUUGAGGCCUUGUGUGGGAAGGUACUUGUGGAGGAGGUGGACGGGGAGUUUGUGAGGAAAUUUUGGGCGUUUGAUGAGUGGGUGCCUGCUAUCACCAAAGGGGCGCCUGCUUGGCUUUUUCCGGGGGCGUAUAGGGUUAGGGAUAAGUUGCUGGGGAGUCUGGUGGAGUGGCGGAGGGUGUUACUGGAGCGACGGCAGCAGCGGCAGCAGGGGAGUCAUGGCGACGAGGCGGAUAACGCCUCGCCGUCGAUGAUGGCAAAGAUGGAUCUGCUCGAAGUCGAUGGGUGGUCUGUGCAAGCGAUCGCGGCGUCAGAUCUAGGCUUGAUAUGGGCUUCGAAUUCCAACACCAUCUCCGCCAUUUAUUGGCUGAAUGUCGAGAUCUUCCGUUCUCGGGAACGGCUGAGGCGUAUCCGAGCUGAAUGCUUGAAUGCAGGACCUAGCACCAGCAGCCACAACAUCAACGGCAGCCAUGCAAUUCAAGGCACACCACUACCUGAUAUCGACUUAUCGGCCCUACUCACUCAGCCAUAUCUCCAAGCCUGUUUUGCAGAGACGCUCCGUUUGCGGACCCACAUAUUUAUUACCAGAUUCGUCGACACUCGCGACAUGGAGAUAAAUGAGUGGUCGAUCCCUGCCGGCAGUGUCUUACUCACUUGCUCAUCUGUGCCGCAUAUGGAUGCUGCGCUAUGGAAGACGAAUAGCCAUGCUGCAUCGGCACGCCCACUGACAGACUUUGUGCCGGAGCGUUUUCUCAAAAUGCCAAUUGAUAUGUCCAGUAACGGUCCGGAGAGGGGCACAUGUAAGCUUAAUGCAGAUGCCUCUCCCUCUGUCGAUCCAUCAGGAAAACAGCCGCCAAACACUUACCCCACGUCCUGGGAGUCCGCCCAAAUGGAAUUUUCCGCAAAAGGGCUUGACGGCAUAUACGUUCCGUUUGGUGGCGGUGCGCAAAUGUGUCCUGGUCGCAAGUUGGCAAAAGCAGAGACAUUCAUUGUGACGGCUGUAUUGGCAUCUCUAUUUGACAUUGAAUUGUGCGACCCCCAGUGUGAGAUACUGGUCAAGUCGAGUUACUUUGGCACAGGAGUCAGUAAGCCUGCAGCCAAAGCACCUUUUCGUAUUCGAAGGCGACAAGCAGGGGCAGUGAGCUGAGUUGAAUGAGAUGAUAGCUGUGACAUGUAGUCUAUACUUGGUUACAAACUUUUCUCUUCAUGCCCGUGAACUGUCGGAUGAUACUGGGGGUGAUAAUUCAGUACCCUGAUCUUAUUCGAUCUUGU